CUGACGCUCGCCGCCCUCCUCUACCUCCUCUUCAUGACCGGAGAGCUCAUCGGUGGAUAUGUUGCUAACAGUCUAGCAAUUAUGACAGAUGCACUUCACAUGUUAACUGACCUUAGUGGUAUUAUUUUGACCCUGCUUGCUCUCUGGCUGUCUGCAAAAUCUCCAACAAAGAGGUUCACGUUUGGAUUUCAUCGCUUAGAAGUGCUGUCAGCCAUCAUUAGUGUGUUGCUGGUCUAUAUCCUUAUGGCAUUCCUCCUGUAUGAAGCUGUUCAAAGAACUAUCCAUAUGGACUAUGAAAUAAAUGGUGACAUCAUGCUGAUUACUGCAGCCGUCGGGGUAGCAGUUAACUUGAUAAUGGGGUUUCUGCUGAAUCAGUCUGGCCACCUUCACUCUCACUCCCACUCCCACUCUCACUCCCACGUACCUCAGUCGAACUCUCCUAACACGUCCCAUGGCAGCAGCCAUGGACACAGCAGCCUUGCUGUGAGAGCAGCAUUUGUCCAUGCCCUGGGGGACCUGGUACAAAGCAUUGGUGUGCUGGUAGCUGCAUACAUCAUACGCUUUAAGCCAGAAUACAAGAUUGCUGAUCCUAUAUGUACGUACAUAUUUUCCAUACUGGUGGUUUUUACAACGGUUCGAAUUCUGUGUGACACAGGAGUUAUUAUUCUGGAAGGAGUUCCAAGGCAUUUAAAUGUGGAUCGCAUUAAGGAAGACUUAAUGAAAAUUGAAGAUGUUUAUUCUAUAGAAGAUUUAAAUGUUUGGUCUCUCACUGCAGGAAAAACAACUGCCAUAGUCCACUUGCAACUAGUUCCUGGUAGUUCAUCUAAAUGGGAGGAUGUUCAGUCCAAGGCCCGACAACUGCUGCUGAACACAUUUGGAAUGUACAAGUGCUCUGUGCAGCUUCAGAGUUACAAACAGGAAAUGAGCAAAACCUGCGCAAGUUGUCAGAGUUCCAGUGCCUAAUUUCGUAUGUUUUGGGAACUGCUGCCUUAUUCUUUAUCUUGUAGUCAAAGACUGAGAGCAAUAAAUGCAAAAAGAAAAUUAGUUUCCAUUAAUAUGUGGAUUUGUACCAUGUGACGUGCAGCAGGGAGAACUGGUGCUGCAAACUGUGCAGUGGUUGCCCUAUGGAACGUGUAUUUCACUCUCUCCC